GCUCCAACUGCAAAAGAUGGAGAAUUCCCAAUUAUUUUCACAGAUAUUCAAGAAUCCACCAAGUUAUGGAGUGAAGCAACAGAAGAUAUGAAAAUUUCACUCAAUUUGCACAAUGUCUUGCUGAGAAAAUUAUUGGAAGAAUAUCAAGGAUAUGAAAUCAAAACUCAAGGUGACAGUUUCAUGGUUGCCUUUAAGGAUUAUUUGAAUGCUAUUAGAUGGAUGUUGAGAUCUCAAAGUGAAUUGAUGAAAUUGGAUUGGCCAACUAAUGUAAUGAAUUUCAAAGAAACUGCAUUCAAAGUUGACAAGUUUGGUAACAUUAUCUUUAGAGGAGUGCGUGUUAGAAUGGGAACAGCAAUCUGUAAUCCUGAUGUACAUAAGGAUAACGUUGGUAAAUUGGAUUACUUUGGUAAUUCUGUAAAUUUGAGUGCCAGAGUUGCAAGUGCUGCCAACGGAGGUCAAAUUAUUAUU